AUGAGCUCGGCCGGCGCCGCGGACGCCCUGCCGGCGGGGACUCCUGUGAGCAGCCUCCAUGAGGCCCUCGACCAGUGUAUGACUGCCCUGGACCUCUUCCUCACCAACCAGUUCUCAGAAGCACUCAGCUACCUCAAGCCCAGAACCAAGGAGAGCAUGUACCACUCGCUGACAUAUGCCACCAUCCUGGAGAUGCAGGCCAUGAUGACUUUUGACCCUCAGGACAUCCUGCUUGCUGGCAACAUGAUGAAGGAGGCGCAGAUGCUGUGUCAGAGGCACCGGAAGAAGUCCUCUGUAACAGAUUCCUUUAGCAACCUGGUGCAUCGCCCCACUAUGGACCAAUUCACGGAAGAGGAAAUCCAUGCUGAAGUCUGCUAUGCAGAGUGCCUGCUGCAGAGAGCAGCUCUGACCUUUCUACAGGAUGAGAACAUGGUGAGCUUCAUCAAGGGCGGCAUCAAAGUUCGAAACAGCUACCAGACCUACAAGGAGCUGGACAGCCUCGUGCAGUCCUCACAAUACUGUAAGGGAGAGAACCACAGGCAUUUUGAGGGAGGGGUGAAGCUCGGCGUGGGAGCCUUCAACCUGACGCUGUCCAUGCUUCCUACCAGGAUCCUGCGGCUGCUGGAGUUUGUGGGGUUUUCAGGAAACAAGGACUACGGGCUGCUGCAGCUGGAGGAGGGCGCAUCCGGGCACAGCUUCCGUGCUGUGCUCUGUGUCAUGCUGCUGCUUUGCUACCACACCUUCCUCACCUUUGUGCUCGGUACUGGGAAUGUGAACAUUGAGGAGGCAGAGAAGCUCCUGAACCCCUACCUGAAGCGAUAUCCUAAGGGUGCCAUCUUCCUGUUCUUUGCGGGGCGGAUUGAAGCCAUUAAAGGCAAUGUUGACACAGCCAUCCAGCGGUUCGAGGAGUGCUGUGAGGCCCAGCAGCACUGGAAGCAGUUCCACCACAUGUGCUACUGGGAGCUGAUGUGGUGCUUCACCUACAAGGGCCAGUGGAAGAUGGCCUACUUCUAUGCCGACCUGCUCAGCAAGGAGAACUCCUGGUCUAAGGCCACCUACAUCUACAUGAAGGCUGCCUACCUCAGCAUGUUUGGGAAGGAGGAUUACAAGCCGUUCGGGGAUGAUGAAGUGGAGUUGUUUAGAGCAGUGCCAGGCUUGAAGCUCAAGAUUGCUGGGAAAUCUCUACCUACAGAGAAGUUUGCCAUCCGGAAGUCCAGACGCUACCUCUCUCCCAAGCCAAUCUCGUUGCCAAUCCCUGCUCUGGAAAUGAUGUACAUUUGGAAUGGCUACGCUGUGAUUGGGAAGCAGCCUGAACUCACAGAUGGGAUACUUGAGAUUAUCACCAAAGCUGAAGAGAUGCUGGAAAAGGGCCCAGAGAAUGAGUACUCAGUGGAUGAUGAAUGCUUGGUGAAGUUGCUGAAAGGCCUCUGUCUGAAAUACCUAGGCCGUGUUCAGGAGGCUGAGGAGAACUUCAGGAGCAUUUCUUCCAAUGAAAAGAAGAUUAAGUAUGACCACUACUUGAUCCCAAAUGCCCUGCUGGAGCUGGCCCUGCUAUUCAUGGAGCAAGGCAGAAACGAAGAGGCUGUCAAACUCUUGGAAACUGCCAAGCAAAACUACAAGAAUUACUCCAUGGAGUCAAGGACACAUUUUAGAAUCCAGGCAGCCAUACUCCAAGCCAAGUCUUCCCUAGAGAAUGGCAACAGAUCCAUGGUCUCAUCAGUGUCCUUAUAG